AUGGACCUGCUUAAAAUAUUUCUGAGAAUACCACAAGCCAUAAUACUACUAACAGCACUUCAAAUAACAAUACAUCCUCCAACACCACACAAGAUUCAUCAGCAAAUAACAGUGGAAGCACAGAUGGAGAAAAUAGCGGUACCUCAGAUAAUAAUGUUACUUCAAAUACCACUGAUCCCCUUUCUAUACCAUUGUUCAAUGAUAGUGUUAUUCUAAACUCUUCUUCUAUAAACUUUAGCUACUAGAGAUGGAUUCAACAAUACAAUAUUCAACCAAAGCUGUGCCAAUAGAGGACCUUCACUUAUUAUCGUAAAGUCUAACAGAGGUUUCGUGUUCGGAGGGUAUAACCCCUUAAGUUGGUCAAGCGAUUAUUAUACGAAAGGAUAAGAAGCAGCUUAUAUUUUCAGUGUUGAUAACAAUGCUGUAUUGAGACCUUAAUAAAAUCAAUCUGCUAUUUUCAUUGCUAUGCUAACUUAUAAUUUAUCUCCAUAGUUUGGAUUAUAGGACAUUCUUGUCGACUUUGAUACUCCUACAUUCUAAUACUCAUUCCUAGGUAACUCUUACUAUUUGCCACAAGGUUUUUCUAAAGAUAGUGAUUAGGCUAGGUCAUUCCUUGCUGGAGAAAGGUACUACUCGCUUGUUGAAGUAGAAACAUAUUUGCUCAAUUGA